GUUGAAGUUUACGGCUGAGCCAGCUCACACCUAUUGAUUGAGGAUGACGAUACUACGCGGAUCUCUUGUCACUUUACUCAUCUGUUUCCAGUUAUUUUACACAUCUCACGCUUCCGUGUCCCAGUGUCUAGUGUGUGAUUCCAACCAGGAAGGAUGUGUCGAAGGUUCAUUGGAACAUGUUGCAAACUGCACCGCGGAAAGUGAUGCCUGCUUCACAAGUGUGGCCAAUGGUGUGCUAUUACGCGGCUGCUUAUCAAGCCAUUCAACAUCGACAGAGGUGUACCAGAAUUGCCCUCAAGAAGAAGGCCACGCGUGUCUAAGCUGCUCCGAAAACGGGUGCAACAGCGUGUCCUGGCUUCGAUGUGCACACUGUGACGAUGCGGGUCCAGAUAGCUGCACCGCUCGGCAGCUUGUUACCUUUUGUCCUCAGUAUCGAUCCACCGAUCGAUGUUAUGAGAUAGUGGAGAGUGUUGAAAGUCUCACGCUAAAGUCUAUUGCCAAGGGUUGUGAAUCUACGCUGGAACUUGCUGGAAAGAGGUGUGAUGAGCUAGAGCGAUGCAUCGUAGGAAGAAAUAGUGAUAACUGUAAUGUUCAAACGUCGUUGGUGAUACCAGCUCAGUGCUUAGUGUGCUCUUCGGAAGAUGAUGCGAAUGAAGAGUGCGUCAAGGGGACGCUUCCAGCACAGAAUUGUCCUCAGGAAGAUGAUGUUUGUUUUUCACGGAUCCGAGGAAACAUUCUAGAGCGAAACUGUCUGUCAACGCUUCCUGCUGUAGAGCUAGAUGUCUGUACCGGAGACGAUUCGACUUGCAUUACCUGCACCGAUGCUGGAUGCAACACUGAUCAGUUGCUCAAGUGUAUCCAAUGCAAAAAGUCAGAAAACAUAGAGUGUAUUGACUUGGUCAUCAGUAGCACCUUGGAAUCAACCUUUUGUCCAAGCUUCCUGCCCGAUGCCCGUUGCUUUUCGAGAGUUCUAGGCGAUGAUCUUGAGCGAGGCUGUAGUGCAGAGUCGGAAGCUAUUUGUGGGGGAAACAAUCGUUGUCUUUCGUGCGAUUUGGAUGGCUGUAACGUGGAGUCUGAAACGUACCUGAAUAACGUGGCCAAAUGUUUUCGUUGCUCGUCAAACAAUGGAGAUACGAUGGUUUGUGAUGAAGUGCAUCUCGGGGCAGAGGAGUGUGAUCAGCUAGAGGAUAGCUGUUUCUCCAGAGUUCAGGGUGACAUAUUGGAGCGUAACUGCCUGUCAACUCUAGCGGAGGCGGAUCAACAGAAGUGCCGCGACGAAGAGGAUAGCUCUUGUUACAGCUGCACCGGGCACGGGUGCAAUCAGUAUCCAAGGAUUAAGUGUUAUCGUUGCUCAAGUUUGCUUGAUCCUCAAUGCGAUAAUCCAGAGGAGAGUGCUCUUGACUAUACAUUUUGCGACAGUUUCCGGCCAGACGAUCGGUGUUACGCUCGAAUAGUGGAUGACCAUGUCGAGCGGGGUUGUGAGGUUGAUUUGAACAAGGACGGCGAGGACGUAUGUGCGGGAGAUCCGAUGUGUAUUGCUUGUCCUAGCAGUGGCUGUAAUGGUGUGGACGAGAAUGAUUUGCGCAACAUGGCGCGGUGUAUAAGCUGCAGUUCGGAGAGGGAUGGAGAAGAGUGCGACAAAGCGGCAAUGGGUGCGGAGGAGUGUGAUGAUUUAAAUGACGUUUGCUACACGAGAGUAGUAGGAGAAAACCUUCAGAGAGGAUGCCUAAUGAUGCUGGAAGAAAGUGAACAAGCCACCUGUCACAACACGUCCGAUUCGUCCUGCAUUACUUGCCGAUCUCCAUCCUGCAAUAACCAGCUAUGGUUGAAGUGCUUAAAAUGUAAAAAGUCCCAAAGCGCGGACUGUGCCGACCCACCUGUUGCAUCGCUGAACGAUCUUGCCUCGUUCUGUUCUGAGUUUGAUGAACAGGGUGCUUGCUAUGCUAGAAUCACUGAAGACGAUUUUGAAAGGGGAUGUUCUGUGGAGCUGAACAGUCCGAGUGCCGUCUGCGCGGAUACUGUAGCCUGUGAGACAUGUGCAACGGAUAAUUGUAAUGUACAACCGGAAGAUUCGCUCAAGAGCUUCAGUAGUUGCGUUCAAUGUACUUCGACGGAUGAGAGCAGUGAUUGCAACAAGCUACUUCCUGAGACGGCGCGGUGUCCCGAGAAAAGCGACAAGUGUUUUAUGCGUGUAUUUGAUGGCACAUUAACCCGAAACUGUCUCUCAUCGCUUGAAGGUACCGAGCAGCAGAAGUGCACUGAUCCCCAUGAUCUUUCCUGCGUCGUAUGCGAAGAGCCUGGAUGCAAUCAAAACCCUUGGACGAAGUGUCAUCAGUGUGAUCAAUCCGUCACGAACAGUUGCGCAGAUGAACAGCCUGAGAGGGAUGCCGAAUUCUGCAAAUCCUACACCACAGACGACAAAUGCUUCACAAAGAUCGAUCGCAACCAUCAGCUUACUCGUGGCUGUCUUUCUGAUGUAGGCACCGAAGAACAGCUUUGUGGUGAUGCAGAACACUGUGUCAUCUGCUCGGGAGACUCCUGCAAUAAGGUGCCAGAUUUCUCUUUGAUGCACAUCAAAUGCCAACAGUGUACAUCGAUCGACGCUGAAUGUUUGGAAGGGACGAUCGAGAGCACUCCGUGUCCAGUACAAGACGAUCUUUGCUACACUGCCGUGAGCAGCAGUAAUCUUCUUGAACGAGGAUGCCUAUCGACGUUGAACGAUACGGUGCAGGAAGUUUGUAAGAAUGAUGCGGAUCCAUCGUGCAUCGUCUGUUCGGCGGAUGGCUGUAACGAGCUGCAAUGGCCCAAGUGUUUCCGUUGUCAAAGCACGCCAUCCGAUAACAGCUGUGAUCAUAAACUAGCGCCAGAGUUGAUGGAAUUUUGUCCAUCGUACCAUGCGAGUAGCCUGUGUUACGCGUCAAUAGAAGAUGGAUUUGUGACUCGAGACUGCACAAACGCGGGGACGACCAUCUGUGAUGGAAACAACCGGUGUGUGGCAUGCAGCGAGGAAGGCUGUAACGAUCUUCCAAAGCAUGAGCUGGAUGCUGUACAUACCUGUUACCAGUGCAACUCGGAGCUUGAAAACUGUGAUCACCCCAUCGCUGGUCACGUCAGUGAAUGCAAAGAUCGUAACGAUCGAUGCUACACAACGGUUGAUGAUGAUUUGAACCUCCACCGUGGAUGUCUGUCGGACCUUGAGCUGGGUGACUGCGAGAACGAUGGGCGCUGUUUGAUAUGCGCUGAUAAGAACUGCAACAAAGACCCAUGGGGGAGUUGUUUCCAGUGCAGCAACGCGACUAGUGACGAGUGUUCCGGGAAACAAACAGCUAGAGACACUCUCAAGUACUGUCCACAGUACGCGAAGCGUGGCGAAUGUUACGCCAUGCUCGGUCCAAUGGAAUUUAGACGAGGCUGUACAUCAGACCUUGAGGGUGUCCUGUGUGAUAAUCCUGACAGUUGCGUGCAAUGCACCGGAGAUGGAUGCAAUCGGGACUCUGCGAAAAGCUAUUUCAACCCAACGCACUGCUUGCAAUGUCACUCGGACAUGCAUAUCGGUUGUAUGAAUGGGACGGCACCAGCGAUCCCCUGCGAUAAUCCGGACGAUGUGUGCUUCUAUCGACGAGCCUCAACGAAAGCCAUUCAUCGCGGAUGUUUGUCGCAGCUCACCGCCACCAAUCAAAAGAUUUGCCAAAGUUCGAGCAGCGUUGCCUGUCACACGUGUGAGGGGAACGGAUGCAACACACCGAAAUGGCGCAGCUGCUAUGCGUGCAGUAGUUUCUUGGAAGGAUCAUGCUCAGCUAGGCAGACUGACGAUACGUUUCUGGAAUUUUGCCUCAAAAUCAACGACGAUUGCUUCGAGGACAACAACCAUGGCGAGGUACAUCGGGGAUGUGGUAGACACUACUGUGCGAAUAAGCUGACCUGCCUCGAGUGCGGCACGGAUGGCUGCAAUGGACAGCCGGAAAGUGCUCUGCGACCUUCGCGGUGUUUGGUGUGCGAUUCGACCGAUCCUUACUGUGCGAAUGGUACGAGCAUCGAUCACCACUGUGACCAUCUCAACGAACCGUGCUUCACGAUGGUUCGGAACGAUGACAUUCUUGAGCGUGGUUGCUUUUCAACGCUCAAGGAACCUCAAAAGCGCAUUUGCCUGAACGAAACGGACAGUUCCUGCAGGACGUGCAACGGCAACUCGUGCAAUCGCGAUGCCUGGCGACAGUGCGUGCAGUGUCGAUCGCUAGAGCUCGAUCACUACUGUUCCCGUGAGGCGAGCGUGCUAAAAUCACACUUUUGUCCACGCUUUCGACGCAAUGAUCUCUGCUAUGCGAAGGAUGUCAACGGAAUAGUGAUACGAGGAUGCCAAUCAGACUACAUCACGAUGGAGGAUCCCUGCAAAGGAUUAGACCGCAAGGACUGUUAUAUAUGCGGCACAGAUCACUGCAAUCUGAAGUCUCUAAACGGUGUGGAUCAUUUAAAGUCCCAGCAAGGUUUCAUACUUCUUGUACUGGUGAUCGUCCAAGGACUCCUCACCGUUUACUAGACACCUGCAGAUUAUCGCUUCUUCCCCGUGUAUGACAUCAAUCGAAGCUAGUCAAUAUUGUGCACCUGGUGUAAAUGUUCUCAUACAAAAUUUAUCUCAACUUUAAGCAAAUAGUGUUCAUGCACUGAACGUAAACAAUAGUGUCUGCUCACUUUCUUCUCACAGUUAUUACCGUAUCAGUACUUCAUGAAUCAAGCAUUAAUCCUACCGCUCAAUGCUAUCUACUCAAACAAUAGUAAAGCGUGAUAGCUCUACUGGCACUCGCCUCAUCUUCAAAUGUGGCGUCUAAAUAACGAAAGCUCAGUGAUAAAGGGAUCAACUCGAUUGCUUUCCUUAAGAGAGCGAUAAGAACCCUCUAAGAAGAACUGUUCGGGCAAGGUGUCCGACAGUCCAUGGUAGUAGUCUCCAAUCCUUUACAGUAAAACGAUCUUCAUAUGGCUCUUUCCUUGCUGCUACUUGCUUUUAUAGUGCCCUCAUGUACAGGUGCAGACGACACAUUCUACUGCCACGCGUGCGUUUCAUCGAGCUAUAAGGAUUGCGUCUGGAACCCGUACACCUCGCUCACGAAGAAUUGUGCGGCGGGAGAUCGUGCUUGUGCAACCGUAAUCCUGCCCAACGGACACACUUAUCGCGGAUGCUCGCAAGACCCCGAAUGUGUAGCUGCUGGUGGGGAGUGUAUUCUGUGUGACGUUUACUCAGGCUGCAACAUCGAUCGAUAUCCUGCGGAUCGCUUGAGGUGCAACAUCUGUCAGUCAAGUGUAUCAAACACCUGCCGGCUGCUGCCCUACGCCAAACAGUUUGAGAAGCCUUGCGUAAGGCUCGUUGCUGGUGAUCGUUGUGUGAGUGUGUUUAAGGGUUUCCACGUAACCUAUCGGGAUUGCUUGUCUUCGGUGCUUGAGGAGGAUCUUGCGAAGUGUAAUUCGAGCCAAUCGUCAGUGGAGUGUGCUGUCUGUUCCAGGUGGAACUGUAACACCGCUACAGUUCGGCAAGACGAUCGUUGUCUGCAGUGUACAUCGAACAUGACGCUCUGCUCGGGUGGAAGCCGAACAGCAACGGUUUGUAAGACACCCUCGGAGGGUAAAUGUUACUCAAGGGUGGAUGAGAAAGGAUUCCUGGUGCGUGGAUGCUUGUCGGACCUUUCCGACCCAGAGGUGAUAGCGGGCUGUGAGCAAGGUGAUGUCGAUUGUACUGUUUGUGAUGGAUCGGGAUGUAAUGCUGGCUUUCGUCCGAAGAGCACACUUAGCUGUGUACAGUGUGAUUCACGCCAACAGCUCAGCUGUGCUCAGGAGCAAACGGACGAUGGCAGUGUGCAGUACUGUAGGCGUCACGUUCAAAACGAUCGUUGCUAUGUACGGACUGAUGCGGACGGUAGUCUUCAGCGUGGUUGUGUGUCUGAUUUAAGCAACGAUACGCUAUGUACGGAAGGAGAUUCGUCGUCGUGUGACACAUGCAGUGGUGACAGCUGUAACAAGCAAGCGUAUCCAGUGAAUCGCUUGUCCUGUUAUCAGUGCAGCAGUGAGCAUGCUUCGAACUGUGACACGGAGCAGCGUCGUGACGAGCUGCAGAAGUGCCGAUAUCAUCGCAAUAACGAUGGCUGUUUUACAAGAAUAUAUGGCGAUACAGUAAUUCGUGGCUGUAUAUCGGACCUUGGAAGCGAUACCGAUCCUUGCAAAGGAUGGAAGAGAAGUGAUUGCCACGCCUGCUACGACGAUGGAUGUAACUAUGUCUCCAGAAACGUUUUAAGAAAUUCCAGCUCCUUUUCGGGGACAAGUUUGCGGACUUCCCUCUUCUUCGUAUUACACUAUUUCUUGGUUUUGUUCGGAUGAUUCUGUGCGGUGAUGAAAAUAACUACUACAAACAGCCUUAAAUAAGUUUGGAAUAGUUGUGUGUGUGUGUUUUUCAGUUUAUUAAUAUCCUAGUAAAAUACUUACUCGCGUGCAG